CGCAGUCUGGCAACCCCAACGAACCACAUCCACCAGCAUUAUCAGAUUCGAAAAGAUUCGAAUUGUCAGUCGCCUGGAGGCGCAUAGAACAAAAAUGGUGUACGACUGGGAGAACAAAGAAGAGAUAUGCUAUCGAAUGUAUAUCGAGGAGAAGAAAUCUCUCGAGGAGAUCAUGGAUUAUAUGAAAGAACAUCACAAGUUCACUCCAAGCAAACGUGCGUUCCAGACCCAAUUCAAACGAUGGGAUUUCCCUUCCAAGCAGAACCCCGCGCACAAAAACGCCGCUCUCGUUCAACGCGUGAAGGAGUUAUGGGACUGCAACACCUCCCAACGGGAGAUGCUCCGGACCCUCAACGAUGAAGGCUUUGAUAUCAAAGAGCGGGAGCUCAUGCGGGUUCGCGCAAAGAAUAGAUGGCUAUUGCGAGUCCCUAACGGGAUGAAGACUAAGAAGCGCGAUUCUGACCAAGAUGUCAUCAACCAGCUGCAACAAGCUCUAUACCCCGAUGGACAAAUGGCAGAAGCAGAAGUCGAGGACGAGCCCGUGGACGAUAUAUCGAUGCCCGAUCCCCCUGCACGCUCUACCAGAGGUGACUCCCCUCCACUCAGUCCUGAGGUUAUGCGGAAGAGACAGGAGCGCCUUGCCAAACUCCAAGCUGAAUCUGCAGAACGAUGGGCAACUCGAAAGAGAAGACGUCGAACGCGAGGCUGGGCUGGUCUACCAGCAGACCCCCCUGGACCUCCACGAUUCCCCUCCGAGACUACGAUCGACGAGAGCAAAGCCUUCCUAAGCCUCGACAAUCGGUUGUAUCGUGACAUACGUGGUCGCUUUCAACGGAUCUGCGAGGAAGCUGACAUCAUAAAGAAGACCAUUGCAGGCCCUGAGAGAUGGGAGGCUGCCAAAGAUAGGUUGGUACAAGAGAGUCCGCAUCUCCAAUCCGUGUUUUGGGGCAAUGAAGAGAACCAAGAAGCAAAGAAGUUGGCAUUGGACGUCGUCUGUAGCGAUGUUACGAAGAGAAUGCGCACUUUGGAACGUCGUAUGACCAUAGCAGAGGCUAAGAACUCAUUGGGUGUAAAUCCGGAAGAGUCACGGCAGCUACGAAAUGCUUUCUAUCAAGUACUGAAGGCGGAUCACUUCACAAGCAAGCUCGAGGCAGGCGAGGAUCAUUGGAAGGAGCUCAAGGCUCAGUGGAUCAAUAGCUCCCAGCUGCUCCAGAAUAUUCUUGCUCCAGGAGAAUCCGACCCCCAACAUCAAGAGAAAGUCAAAGCAAUGGAGGUUCUCUGCAGAGAUGUAAUGAAACGUCUACGGGACGACCAGACGAAGCGGGAUCCAACGAGAAAGAAGAAGUUUGACUCGACGUUCACUGCCCCAGAUUCUGAGAUGAAUCCGUUUGGAGCUGAAGAACCCGAGAAUACUUUCCAGUCCGAGCCAGACCCAUCAUUGCUUCGCGCAGCUGCUCUCGCACAAGCACAAACUCAAAUGCAGAACCAAAUGGUACAAGACCAAUCUCGAGCGCCGUCUGGGUCACAAAGUGGAAUGGGCCGAGCUCAAGCACAACCGCAAACUAGGCAGCCGCAAAUGCCAUCUCAUCCACAGAGCAUCCUCGAUCACAACAACAUGCAAAUCGACCCCUCCCUUCUGCUAGCAGCCGCGAAUGAUCCUUCUCUCAUGGGCCGUGGAAUGCAGAAUCAGUUUGCGGAUCCACAGUAUACAGACCAACAGUAUGCCGCUCAAGCAGCUCAAGCCGGAUUUGCAACAAACCCAUCAUCAUUUGCUGUUUACUUCCGACUUCACCCAGCUUCUGAUGUUCAGUCAAACGCCAGGCUUUGGGUUAGCACACUGAGCUCGAUCACGGUUGACGAACUACGACAUUUGGCUGUUCUCAAAUUUCCAGGAACGCUAGUCUUCCGGAUUGAAGGUGUUAUCAAGCAGCCGAAUGGGCACGAGAUGACUCUACCCAUCGACCAAGAUGAAGAACUGGAGGCAUAUCUAGCAGCAAUUUCAGGUGUAAAGCCAAUCUUUUCUGUUCAGCUCGUUACGCCCUGGAAGAAUGGGGGUCAGAUGUGAUUAAUUGACACGUAGUCACAUGGGGCUUUUGUCGAGUGGAAUGCCUUGAGUGAUGGACAGAUUUUUCUUGCUUAUAGCUACCUAUUCAUGUACAGCGAGCUGCAUUGGUGGAGUCGGAAGCUUCUGGUUUUGGCAGGUGAGACUUCAAAAUUGGCGUUGGCCUGGCUGAGCAUAGAUUGGCAAAUGGAUUAUCGUUAUUUCCCUUAAUA